AUGGGAAUCUACGGGUUAUGGGGGAUUCUCUCUUCUGUUCAAGAAUAUCGUCCAUUGGCUGAAAUCGGCUGUAAUUCGGUUGCUGUCGAUCUCAGUAUAUGGAUUUGUGAAGACAAGUCAGUUGGACCUUCGCCCACAUUACACUUAAGGAACUUGUUUUUCCGGUUGGUUGGCCUGUUGCGUCAGAAUACCUUGCCUGUUGUCGUUCUGGAUGGUAUUGCUCCGUCACUAAAGUCAGGUGUUAUGGAGCUAAGGCAGCAAAAACAUACUGGGAAGCCUGUUAUUCAGAAAAAUGGUAAACCGAAUCUAAGUAGAACACGAUUCUCAAAAGUGUCCCAAGAGUGUAUUGAACUUCUUAAUGCAUUCGGUGUCCCUUGGGUACAAAGUCCUGGAGAAGCGGAAGCUAUGUGUGCCUUGCUUAAUUCAAGUAAACUUGUCGAUGCUUGCAUCACAAAUGAUGGUGAUGCUUUUCUUUAUGGAGCUGAAACAGUUUAUCGUCAUUUCUCUAUGGACAGUCGGGACUCCAGUGUUCGUGUUUUUCAUGCACACCGUAUUCAAAAAUUAUUGAAUUUAACAAGGUCCGAUUUAGUUUUGCUAAGCCUUUUGUUGGGUUGUGACUACUGGCCAAGUGGUGUCUCUCGUCUUGGUCCAGCUGGAGCACUACGUUUGAUUACAUCGCUUAAAUCUGAAAUUCCGAGUAUUGAUGAAGAAUUCUUUCUUAAAUUCUUAUCCUGGCUUAUAAACAGCCCACUGAAAAGUUGUGAAGACUUUUCAUGCAAUCCAUUUGGCCUUUAUAUGAAUCCAAACGUCAUAAAAAUGUGGCUGCGUGUUGGUCUCGAGUUAAAAAACUGUCCAUUUAAAGAAAUAUUUGCCGAAUUCCUAACAAGCUUUGAAAAACGUCACUGGACCCUACCCAAACGUGAAUCAGUCUCUCAUUGGAAACGACCAGACCCAAGGAGGGUUGUGCCUUUCUGUCAGAUGCAUUUAAAUUGGGAUCCUGUGUAUACACUUCAACACUUUUUACCUAUUAUGGCUCUAUGGGAUUUGAGACAUCCGGAAAUUUAUAACGCACCAUCACCAAUCAAAUCAUUGAUAGAUAAUCAAAUUGAUGAUUCUCUGAUUCUAAAGCCAUUAAGGAUAGUGAAGAAACGUGUAGUCAAUUAUGUUGAGUCCCUUGAAGUUGAAUGGAAAAGGUUAGAAUUUGAUAAAUGGACAGGUCAGGAUAAUGAAUCAAAUUCAAAUAAUGCAAACCGUCAGAAUAAAAAUAUUGGUGAAAAUUAUUACUUUUCUGUUCCACAAAUAGAAUUCUGCAAAGUUCAUAGUGACCUUUUUCUCUGUUUUAAAUCUAAGCUGAAUAAGACCGAUAAAGUUCAGAUUCCAAUUGAUGAAGCACUCAAAGGAUUAUGCAUAUCAACUGGUCAAAAAAACCAAAGUGAUUCAAAUGUGUUUAAGAAGUCUAAAGUAUUGACUUCGCUUACAAAUGUCAACCCCCCUCCUCUAUGGGAAUCAGACUCUUCAAGUAUUGAUGAAAGUGAAUGCAUUGCAAGCAAGAGUCAUAAGCAUUUAUUGUCAAGCGCUGUCGAUCCAGAAGUAAACAUUGGUUAUAAGAGCGAUAGCGAAGUGCUGCAAAAUCAAACUGAUUGUGCAUCAUCACGACCAUCAUCAUUCUCUUCAUCACCAUUUCCCUCUUCUUUGUGUAAAUUUAAAUCUGCAUUUCCUAGUCUAUCCAGACGUUCAUCUUCGUUAUCUCACCUAGUUAAUCAUUGUAUGCUUCUGAAAACUUCACUUUUAUCUGAAUCUAUGAUAUUUGAAGGGAAAACACCACAUUCCAAAGUCCGUUCAUCAUCGUCAUCAAUAUUUUCAAGUUCUUCGUCGUAUAACGACAAUACUGAUGAUGAUGAUCCUUGUGAUGUCUCAUGGGUAGUUAAUAAAUUUCGUACACCGAAAACUCUAAAGCAACGUCUUAGCAUUUCGAAUAAAUUUUAG